UUAAUAUAGGUAAAAAGCCUGGCUAUUGUGGAGUUGCAUUAUUUACAAAGAAAGAACCAAAGGAUGUAAAGUAUGGAAUACCUGGUUCUAAUUGUAAUGAUGAAGGAAGGAUAAUUACAGCUGAAUAUGAAGACUAUUUUGUCGUUAACGUUUAUGUUCCCAAUGCUGGACAAAAGUUGGUAACAUUGCCAAAAAAACUGCAGUGGAAUGAUGACUUCGCAAAAUUUAUUUUGGAAUUAGAUAGCAUAAAACCUGUUAUUAUAUGCGGUGAUAUGAACGUUGCCCACCAAGAAAUAGAUUUAACAAAUCCGAAGACUAAUACAAAAAAUGCUGGUUUUACUAAAGAAGAACGAGAUGGCAUGACACUCUUUUUAGAAGCUGGAUUUGUUGACACGUUCAGGCAUCUAUAUCCAGAUAAAACAGGAGCUUAUACUUUCUGGUCUUACUUUGCUAAUGCACGUAGUAAGAAUAUUGGAUGGAGAUUGGAUUACUUCUUGGUUUCGGAAAGAAUAAAGAAUAAAAUUUGUGAUAAUGUCAUGAGAGAUAAAGUGUAUGGCAGCGAUCAUUGCCCUAUUGUACUAUAUGCUGUAUUGUAAGUGAUAUAUACUUUUCUUUACAACAGAUGUUCCAUCAUUAAACUGCCAACUGCUGUUAUUUAUAUUUUAGUAACCUUCUAUUCAAAUAAAAUUUGAUCAAUAGAAACUUAUUAAUUUUUUUCGCAUUUGAUAAGCAGUGUAAUAUCAUGAAGGCAGGAUCUUUCAUAUAUACGGAUGUAAUACUGCAUUUUCUGUAAUAUAAACCGCGGAUUGGGUUCUAAUUCAUUAAUGUACGAUA